GAGGUUGGGUUGGGUCUGUCUGGGACUGGGAGGGACAAAACAGGGCGCGGCUAAAGCGUUGCAUUGUGCUAUUGUGGUCAAGCGCUUACCCGCUAGCGGCGGCGGAGGCGGAUAAGCAGGGAAAUUUCACCGUUGGCCCUUCACAGUAAUGAUAAUUAUAAUCAUGGUCAUACUAAUCUUAGUCUGCGAGUUAUGCCACAGGCAGGCAACAAGACGAAGACGGACAUGGAUGCGCUGUCUGGCUCUGACUCUGACUGGCGAAAACCCGCGACAGGCGGCCCCGGGAGAACUUUUGUAUCAAGGUUCCGUGGGGGCUAGACAACUAGAGAGAAAGGUAGUUGAGCUUGUCAGCUGCCCGACCGACAUUCCGUUCGGGACUCGGGCGUGUUUCAACGAUACGAACUCUGACUGACCGGUAGGGAGGUGCGGUCACCAAAGCGGGAGGUCUGGUCUGGCUCGGCAUCCCCAAGUCGCUCGGCCCG